AAACUUGCUAGUAUUCCUCGAUGUGCAUAACAUUAUCCUUUACAUCUAAACCUGGCAUCGGAGCCCGCAAUGGAAGCGUACCGGUCCUGAAAUCCAUGCCCGCAACGGCAAGAUCACAAGUGAUCGCUGUUCCGAUAAUACCGGUAGCCUUCCCCGGAUCGACAAAGCAAUGCAUUUCCGAUAUGGAUUUAGGAGUUAAUGAAGUCGUCCGGAGGCAAUCGUGGCCUAAUUACUUAGCUUCCAAAGCCGGAAACUCCCGGAGAUCACGGUUCGAUCCUAUGUUCAUCAAUGAGGCUUAUGACAAGUGUAGGACGAUUUGCGCGGAGUAUGCCAAGACUUUCUACCUAGGCACCUUGUUGAUGACAAAGGAGCGGCAAAAGGCGAUAUGGGCAAUUUAUGUUUGGUGCAGGAGGACGGAUGAACUGGUCGAUGGACCAAAUGCAGACUACAUGAGUUCUACCGUACUUGAGAGGUGGGAAGAGAGACUGGAAGAUAUCUUCGAGGGCCGCCCCUACGACAUGCUAGAUGCUGCUCUAUCCGAUACCGUUUUCAGUUUUCCCUUAGACAUUAAGCCUUUCAGGGACAUGAUUGAGGGCAUGAGAAUGGAUACAAGAAAAUCACGCUACAAAAGUUUCCAAGAGCUUUACCUUUACUGCUACUACGUAGCCGGAACUGUGGGAUUAAUGAGUGUUCCGGUUAUGGGAAUCUCACCAGAAUCCUCUGUUUCGGCUCGUACCAUAUAUAAUGCAGCACUCAACUUAGGCAUUGGGAAUCAGUUGACCAACAUUCUUCGAGAUGUAGGGGAAGACGCUUCGAGGGGAAGAGUUUAUCUUCCUCGAGACGAGCUCGGACAGUUCGGGUUAUCCGACAAAGACGUGCUCUCCAGGAAGGUGACCGAUGCAUGGAGAGAUUUCAUGAAAGAGCAAUUCGUAAGGGCAAGGUUCUUUUUCAAUCUAGCCGAAGAGGGAGCUUCGCAGCUCGACAAGGACAGCCGAUGGCCGGUUUGGUAGUCGUUGAUAUUGUAUAGGAAGAUUUUGGAUGCGAUUGAGGAAAACGAUUACGAUAACUUGACGAAACGAGCCUAUGUUGGAAGGACUAAGAAACUGCUCUCGCUGCCCUUAGCGUACACUCGAGCUUUAUGGAAUCCUGGU